CACGUGGCUACCAGUAUGUAAAUAUUUUCCUCCUUGUCUUGUAACUUGCAGAGCAUGUGGUGACACUGAAAAAAGUCAGAAUUGGGCUUGAUGGAUAUUUCCAGAUAAUUUUUUGUCUUCCGUUUGUGCUCGUAUAAAAUGUGAUUCGAGUGACGAUACCUAAAAAAUGACGGCUUCUUCGAGCCACGCAAAUGUAUUGAUAAACACCAGCAUCGAAGACAGCGUUGACAGUUACGUCAAUGACGAAACUGACAGAGAGCGGUUACUGAAACCGAGAAACAAUUUUGCGUCAUAUUCGAACGACAACAUCAAUGUUAGAUUUCGGAAUGUCUACAGUCACGAUGACAAGAAUUCAGAGAACAUUAUAGAGACAAUAACAAAUAAUCCUAGAAGGCUUAAUACAGAAGAAGUAACUCCUGGAGCCACUAAUUUCUUAUCUGCCAAUUACGAGAGUUUAGAUUAUGAUCCCUGUGAGAAUAAUCUUUUACAAGAUGAAGAAAGAAAAAAGGGAUAUAAAUUUGUAGUUAAAAAAAAUUUGGCCAGAUGGUUCAUUUUCUUAUUGAUAGGCAUCUGCACAGCUCUUAUAGCAUGUUUUGUAGAUAUAUCUAUAGAACAAUUAACGAGUGUAAAAUAUGGUUUUCUCAAAUUUUAUAUGGAUCAAUGUGUAUCGCAAAACUGUUUAUGGCUUCCAUAUUUCAUAUGGUUAGUUUUGAAUUUAGUACCUAUUUUAAUAGGAGCUGUUUUAGUAUCCUAUGUAGAACCUGUUGCUGCAGGUAGCGGUAUACCCCAAGUAAAAUGUUAUUUAAAUGGAAUUAAAAUGCCUCGAGUUGUACGUAUUAAAACAUUAGCGGUAAAAGCAGUUGGAGUAAUCUGUACUGUAGUAGGAGGUCUAGCUGGUGGAAAAGAAGGACCCAUGAUACAUGCCGGGGCCGUAGUAGCAGCAGGGAUAUCGCAAGGAAAAAGCACAACGUUUAACAAAGAUUUGAAAAUAUUUAAAUAUUUUAGAGAGGACCACGAGAAACGAGAUUUUGUAUCGGGAGGAGCAGCUUCUGGUGUAUCCGCCGCAUUUGGAGCACCAAUUGGUGGAGUAUUAUUCAGUAUCGAAGAAGGGACUAGCUUUUUUAAUCAAAGCCUUACAUGGAGAACAUUUUUUGCCAGUAUGAUUACAACGUUUACAUUAAAUAUUGUACUUAGUACAUAUCAUGGACGACCUGGUGACCUUUCCUACCCAGGCUUACUAAACUUGGGAAAAUUUGAAGCAAUAUCGUAUCAGAUUUAUGAAAUUCCUCUGUUCAUGUUAAUGGGAGUGAUAGGUGGAGUUCUAGGUGCUUGUUGGAACUACGUAAAUUAUAAGAUCAGCUGUUUCCGUCUCAGGUUCAUUAAAAAAAGAUGGUCAAAAGUAAUAGAAGCUCUUUUGAUUGGUGUACUAAGCGCAACAAUGGGAUUUGUUAUGAUUUACAUAAUAAACGACUGCAAACCGAUAGGACAAGAUCCCACGAAAUUUCCUAUUCAAAUGUAUUGCAACGAAGGCGAAUAUAAUGUGGUCGCAACUUUAUGGUUCCAAACGCCAGAAAGUAGCGUGCGAUCUUUAUUUCACGACCCUAAAGGAUCUCACAACGAUAUAACGUUAGCGAUCUUCGUUGUGCUUUACUUUUUCCUGGCUGUUUUUACUUUUGGUCUGUCCAUGUCUAGCGGACUUUUCAUUCCAUCUCUUUUAAUUGGUUCAGCAUGGGGUAGACUAAUCGGAUCGGGUCUUGCAAAACUUUUCCCUAAUUGUGAUGUGUUGGCUCCCGGGAAGUAUGCUUUCUUAGGCGCAGCUGCACAACUAGGUGGAGUAGUUAGAAUGACGAUAAGUUUAACUGCUAUACUCAUAGAAUCUACUCAGGGAAUAUCUUUUGGUUUACCAGUUAUAAUAGUUCUCAUUAUGGCUAAAUGGGUUGGAGAUUUUUUCAACGAGGGAAUUUAUGAUAUUCAUAUACAAAUGGCUGGAAUUCCAAUAUUACCAUGGGAAGCUCCACCGCUGUCGAACAACAUAUACGCCAGUGAAAUAAUGAGUCACCCUGUGGUAACAUUAAAAACUGUAGAAAAUGUAGGACAUAUAGUUGAGCUUCUUAAAUGCGUAACAUUUAAUGGGUUUCCAAUAGUUGAUCCCCCUAGUAGCGACCAGACUGAAAUUCAUUCCUAUGGACGAUUUCGGGGCUUAAUCUUACGUUCCCAAUUAAUAGUCCUACUGCAAAAUAAAAUUUUUAACGAACACGAAGACUAUUGGGGAAGAAACUUGAGUAUUAAAAUGUUCAGAAAAGAAUAUCCUAGAUACCCAACAAUCGAACAAGUCACCGUAACAGAAACGGAGAAAACUUAUACGAUAGAUUUGAGACCUUUCAUGAAUCCUUCAGCGUAUACGUUACAGCAUUCUGCAGCACUGCCACGAGCAUUUAGACUUUUCAGGGCUUUAGGCCUUCGUCAUUUACCAGUAAUAAAUGACGCGAACGAGGUUAUUGGAAUGAUUACACGGAAAGAUGUUGCCAGGUUUAGGAUAUGGAAACACAGGGGAAGAAUGGGAUUAGAUGAACUUUUAAUUAGUAACAAAAUUUAAUUUUAAGUUUCUUAAUAGAUCUAGAGAACUUUGAUAAAAAUUGAUUAAAAAGAUUUUCAACGAUACAUAUAUACAUAUAUUACGCUUUUGUAUUUAUAAACUCAAGAGAGGUUAUUAAGCUGCACGAGGCUAAAAUUUCACAAAAAGGAAACUUGGAUAAUUUAAAAAUAACAAGAAACAUUAGUAAAAUUAAUCGACUACAAAAUGUACAUAAUAUUAAUUAUUUACAAACAAUUGCCAGCCCAGCCACGACCAUAAUUUAAAAAAAAGGUAUACUGGAAGAAUUACUAGCAAUAGGAGGAAAUAAUACUCAUACGAUGAAAUAUACAUAUUAAUUUACUUAAUUUCCAGAGACAGUAUCCAGGAUCGUAAGCAUGUCCAAUAAUUUAUGUGAUACAAUAUGCAAAACCUUUGUGUACAAUCUGGAACAAGAAAAAAAAUAUUUUAGAUUAGAGAAUAAUGUACAGAAAAUAAAUGGAAUAAUAUGAAACAAAA